CAGACAUCCCGGGAAGCCAGGUUGCAACACGGCCUUAGGUCCAACAGACCUCUGCGAACCUAAACCUGAGCCAGCCAGCAGCUCCAGACGCGCUACGGCCACAGCAAGAGCCCACGAUAGGGUCGGACUUUGGCACCGCAUCCAGGCUGGCAGGAGGCUAUGCUCUUUGGUUUGCCUUUCUCGGGCCUCCAGCCCAGCCACAGCUGAACCCACGCCCCGGGCGUGUCGCGCCGUCACGCGGAACUUCCCUGUCUCCACACGUCAGUCCCGUCCAGAAUCCCGGCAGGAAUCAGUCUUAAACCGCGAAGUCUCCUCGUACCUCUGGACGUAGGAGUUACAGGCUUGGACCUCAGACUCAAGCAGGUGAGAGCCGGGAGACAAGAGGUAAGUCGGGAGGCGCGCCCCAGCCACGCCCCUUCUACAUUUGGGUCGCAGCCCUUUAAGAAGCUCCUCAUUCACGACUCCGUCGGACCCCGCAGCGGAGGAGCACCAGGAUUGGUCAAUUCGAGUGUAGGUGUCGCUCAGCAGCAGCCAAUGGUGGGGUAAGGGCUGGUCAAGGUUUGCGCAUGCGCACCGCCGCCUACCUGCUCCUGGGCCGCCGGAGACCGGUCCGGGCCAGCCUGAUGGGCUAAGGGUGUGAAGGAGGCGGUGGGCGGCGCGCCGCGGCGGGAGGGCACCGACUGCAAGGCCGCGGUCAGGGUGAGGUGAGAGCAGGCGGGCGAAGGCGGGCUGAAGUGGGAGUCGCGGUCCGUUAGCUGAGAGCAGGCGGGGUCGGGUGUGGCGCAGGGCGGACCUGGAGGUGGAGGCGGCCCCGGGCCCGCCCCGCCCCGCCCCGCCCCGCCCUCAGGCCCAGUUAGGCAACACCGGGCUUCGUGGGGCUUCCCGGAGUCCUCGGUCCGUUCUGCCGCCGGCUUCCUGGAGUCCUCAGUCUCUUUUGCCGCUGCUCUCCGGACUACGGGAAGAUCUGAGCAACGUGGAACAAAGGUGCUUUCAUGAACUACAAAUUGGGUAACCAGUUCUCAAGGCCUGCAGCUGAAGGUGUCCUCAUGACUCGUCUUGCGGACCAUGUCCAUGAUCCUUUUCGCCUGUGUGGUAAGGGUGAGGGAUGGACUGCCCCUGUCAGCCUCCACUGACUUUUACCAUACCCAGGAUUUUCUGGAAUGCAGGAGACGGCUCAAGACUUUAGCCUUGCGACUGGCCCAGUAUCCAGGUCGAGGUUCUGCAGAAGGACGUGACUUCAAUAUUCAUUUCUCUUCUUCGAGAGAUGUGGCCUGCAUGGCUAUCUGCCACCGCCAGUGUCCGGCAGCCAUGGCCUUCUGCUUCCUGGAGACCUUAUGGUGGGAAUUCACAGCUUCCUAUGACACCACCUGCAUUGGCCUAGCCUCCAGGCCGUAUGCCUUUCUUGAAUUCGACGGCAUCAUUCAGAAAGUGAAGUGGCAUUUUAACUAUGUAAGUUCCACCCAGAUGGAGAGCAGCUUAGAGAGAAUUCAGGAGGAACUCAAGUUCCAGCCCCCGGUGGUUCUCUCUCUGGAGGACACAGAUGUGGCUAACGGGGUGGUGAACGGUCACCCACGGGUGACCUUGGAGCCUGCUCCUAAUUUCCGAAUGGAACCAGUGACGGCCCUGGGUGUCCUCUCCCUUAUCCUCAACAUCAUGUGUGCUGCUCUGAACCUCAUUCGUGGAAUUCACCUCGCAGAACAUUCUUUACAGGUUGCACAUGAAGAAAUUGGAAAUAUUCUGGCUUUUCUUAUUCCUUUUGUAGCCUGCAUUUUCCAGUGUUACUUGUACCUGUUCUACAGUCCCGCCAGGACUACGAAGGUGGUGCUGAUGCUGCUCUUUAUUUGCCUGGGCAACGUGUACCUGCAUGGGCUGAGGAACCUCUGGCAAAUCCUUUUCCACAUAGGAGUGGCUUUUCUGUCUUCAUAUCAGAUACUGACGAGGCAGCUUCAGGAGAAGCAGGCUGACUGUGGAGUGGUAUAGCUGAACAUUUUAAAAAUUAAUUGAGUAACAAGUGCUACUGGAUCAUAAACUUAUAAGCAAGAGCAAAAAGGAGAAUUUCAGGAUUCCUUGCUGCCAGCCACAGACUGGAAUAGGUGAGUCAUGCAGAUCCACACAGACAUUUCACAUCACAGGUGGGACAGGCUGCUGUCAUCAGCUUUGUACAUGGUAGCCAAGUGCCUGUCAAUUGAAUGAUGUUGUUUAGUACUUGACCCUGUGUGCUUGUUCUCGGAAGACCUCCCAAAUCAUUUACUCCUCUGCACCUUUCCCAGUCUUCUUAAUUAGAUUAAGGGCCUCAUUUUUUUUUAUGAGUAAGAGUGAAUUGUGUGUUAGCUUUUUUUCAAAGCUGUAUAAAGAUGUAAUUAACCCUGUGCUCUGAAAAGUUACUUUGCUUUUUCUCAUUGUCAAUGUUGACUGAUAAUAGUUUUCCAAAAUCUAGAUCUUAAUGUGAUCCCUUUGGUCUCUGGAAAUUUCAACCUGGGUUGUCCAGUACCAUUCAGGAGGCCACUUGGGGAGUUUGUCUUUUGGAUUGUUCUUGGUAGAAGUCUGGAAUCUGAAUAGCUCCACCACAGUUGCAUGGAGUACUUUGGGUUGAGUUAUAUGGUCUUGAUAAAUAAAAAAAUCCUAUUUUGGCAGUUGUUAAAAGUCAAAAACCAUUGCGAGAGUUAGUGAGUCAAUUGGGAAAGUAAGGAUGCCAUUUUAGGGAAUUCAGUUGUGCUUGGUCAUUGCUAGUGGUGUAUUGUUCUUAAGCCACCUUGGUGUCACUUUAAAAAAAAACGCAAGUUCAUGUGACUAGGAACUGUGUUGGGAAAAUGUUGCCAUGGUAAUUUUAUUUUCUUACAAUAGAAUGUCCUAUUUUUAAUCAGACAAUAUGUGAAAGCUAUAUUGGCAAAUCCUCAGAUGUAAACUUCAGAGUUGCCUCUCCACUGAUUUUGCGUCUGCUUAAUUUUCUGUGUAGCCAGCAGGUGAAUUUUCAGGCUUUCUGGGACGUAAUUUUGAAGAGAUGGUGAAAUAGAAUGGGAAGCUAAGGAGGGGAGACAAAUCUUUUUAUAUUAGAAGCACACACACAAAUCUUUAAAAGGUGGUUAGAACAGCUUACAAAUGUAUUGUUUUCUUUUCGAGCCCAUGUGCUUUUGGUGUUGCCUGGUAGCCCUGUACCCCAGAUGCUCUGGGGUCUGAACCUGUGAUCCACAUUCAGCAAGGAGUGAAGAACAAUCCUUGCAGAGGAGCCCCUCCUGCCCUAAUGGAGAGGUUAUCCACACAUGGCUGAAUGUGGUCUUAAUCAAUUGACAUCUACACGGGGCUUGAGAUUUACUUUUGCAAACAAAAGGGAAAAAAAGAUGCACUCAACAAAAUAAUGAGCACAUAAACAUUAUCUAACUGAAAUCCAGCUAAGAGACAUCUCAGCUCACUGGAGGAAGAGGCUAAUGAUAGGAAAGGCAUUCUGGAGAUUUGAUCCAAGGGAAAUCUCAGGAUCAGGGUUGACUUGGUUCACGCCUGGAGUUUUGUAGGCACCAGUGUCAUCUUUGACCCCACAUUACAGAAGUUACCCUCACUGCACCGUGGACCUUUGUUUUAGCUGUUCUAGCACGUUUGUUUUCUCAGUGGUUAAAUGCUCCCCACCCAACCGACCUCACAGGGCUAGAUCUGGAAAUAGAUGAAACAGUGUUGGAAAAACCUUAACAGUGCCUUCUGGUAUCACAUGCCACAAGAUCUUGAGCAUCAGAGUGUGUAAUGUCCCAUCUGCUGUGUCCGGGCAGUAAUGUGGCUCUCGGGCCUGGUUUCCCAACCAAAGGGCUAAAUCCCAAAGGGUUCUCCUUCCACAAGAAUGCUAGGAGGGAACAGCUAGACUCUGCUUUUCCUUCCUCAGCUAGCCAUACUGUGCCAGGUGCCAUGCUUGGGUUUCUUUUCCUGGGUCAGGACAGUUGCGGGCAUAUUUGGGGUGAGACUUCUCUUUACUAGAGGCCCCACUGCCUGCAGCAGGAGGAAGGAGGACAAGGGCUCCUGGUUUUGCUUCUCCAGCUUGCAUCCCUUUGAUCUGUGAAUCAAGGCCCAGCAUUUUAAAGUUCUUCAAGGGGUAGGGGAAAGGGUGUUGGAAGGAGAGCUGAAGCUGGAACAUUUAACAUCAUUUCUGUCAACCUCACCUUGAACUCCCUGUUAUUUCACUAGGUGCCCCUAUUCAGGUCUCCCCUGCCUCUUUCCACCCCCCCCCCCCCCCCGCUACUCUGGUCCUGGAAACGGAGGCUGAAAUUGGAGUCUCUGGAGAGACAGAAAGCCACCUUUAAUUGUCACUGAUAGGGUGGGUCCAGAAGCUUCUGAGAGGGAGCGGAUACUGAGGCCCAGCCCUCUCCCUCAUGUACCCCUAGGAGCUCCAGCACACAGCUAGGCUGGCUCUUUGGGGUGCAGGAGGCAGGGGAGAGGCGGGGAGUUGAGCUGGGGGCUGGCUGUCUGCUGAAAGACAGCAGUUGCUCCUUGACAUGUGGGGGCUGCUGUUUGCUAUUCCUGGAAGGAGUCGACCGCUUGUAACAUGCAGGACAGGCAGCCCUCAGAGAACCCACCGCUCCCACAGGGCAGCGCAGGUGAGGAUCGGCUGACAGGCCAGCAGGGGAAGUUUACGGCCACCAGAUGUGGCGCAGACCCCUGUUCCGACGUUGCUCACAUUCCAAGUAUACGUAUACUUCUGCCCAGGUACAGGGAAGCCCUAUGCCUGCACCAUGAGCGUUAAUAAUUGGGGGAAAAGAGAGUAGAUGGCCCUUGAGAGAUGAGGUGGGGAAGGGGCCCCGGUCAGCUGGCGUGAGGCCUGGAGGUCGGCUCUUCCACGUGGUCUGACCCCACAGUGGGCAAGUCGCCGCCUGUCGGCCCCAGCACCCUUCUCUGGGAGGUGGUGGUCAUGUCAGCCGGCUUCCCUGCCUGGCGAGCUGUCGGGAGUGUAAAAGCUGUAGUGGAGGGAGUGCCUGGUGCAUCCACCUUUCAUGUGCAGGAGAAGAAAGGCUUUGCGUUUGUUCACCCAGUAUGUGCAGAUUCUGCAUGCUUUAGGUAGCACCGCACAGCACGUCUUCUGGCCUUUCCUGAAAGAGGGCCUUUAUGGUACUGUGGUGUAAAUGGUCUCAUGCUUUCACUCCAGAAAGGUUGUGGCCUCUCUUCCUUCCCCUGGAUCGGCCUCCUGCCUUCCAGGCACAGAGCCCUUGAUACCAGUGGCAUGGGGUCCUCCGGGAUCCAGAGAGGCAGGUUUUCCUGGUUGGACCAAACCUUAUGGCUUGUUUCUGACCCAGAUGAGGAGAGCACUGAUUCUCCCAUCUUGGAGCAGUGGUGUCAAACUUCUGUUGCUGGGGAAACAUCAUUGGCAGAGAGCCUGUGGAAAAGGCCUGUCAGUAAAUCUGGGAAUGGCCGGAUAUGGAAACAUCUGCCCGUGUGUACCAAUGGCAGAGCUGGUGCCCACAAGCGUCUUUUAUCUAAGGCAAAAUUAUCAAAUCCAUUCUGUUCCUCGACCCUGUUCUUGAUACAUAUGACCGUCUUUAACCUUUCUAUGGUGCUGGCAUUGUUUCAGAAGCGUUAUUUAAUGAAUUAUUCAUAGGAUGUGACCCCUCCCCAGGAUCCUAUUUUGUUGAAUGGACUUCUCUAUUAAGGGCAUAAAAGAUUGAGGCUUAUUUAGCCAGGGAAAAACCAUUUCCUUCAUGUAUUCAUUUUGAAUGCUUGCUGUCCACAUCAUACAAGCUUCUUACUGAUUUCAUGCAAUAACAAAGAUCUAUUUUGAGUAAACAAUGAGUGUGUUUUAACAAACUUUCACACAGUAGUAAAUCUUAAACUUGUGUUAAUGUAGGUAAAGAAUGUUGUAUAGCCAUUUAUAUACUAUGUAUAUAUAAGUCAAAUGAGGUGGCUUCAGAAUGGGAGGAGAAUAAAUCUAAGGUGCUUAUUAA